CAAAAUCAGUCUAGCUGGAGCCUUGCUACUGUUGAGACCACAUUUCUUUUGGAAUAUUUCAUCUAAAUUCCAGUGCCGAUUUUUUUAAAUUUUUCCAAAAUGAAAACGCUAAACCUUUUGACUCCCCUUUCGCAAAUAGUUAAGCCCAUUCGAAGGCAAAGUGUUUCGCGAGUUAACGCCCUCCUAAUAAAUGUUCCAAGAGUUCAGAUUUCGAAGGGGAAAAACAAGUAUCUAUUAAUGGUGAUCCAUAUGCACGGUUUAACUCGGUUCGGAAGGACGAUCGUCAGAGGAUCCGACUCGAAGGACCAUGAGCAAAUUUAUGAAGAAACCCAGGAGGAAAUGGACGACCUUGGCAUAUGCACAAAAUGCCUGGGUGGCGGAUUCCUCAGUAAUAAAGAGGAAAAGAAAAUAAUCAAGAUCUAUGGGUGCUGCAAGACUUUUGGAGAAGCUCCGCACGGCAGGACGAAGGAUAUAUUGCUGUCGUGGACGAAAUACCAGCACUUCAAUAUUAUCUUGCCCAAGAAGAACAUGAAUGCGUAUGAAGAAUAAAACAAAGGCACAGUGAGAGGCAAUAAAAACAUGUCGAGUUUUUAGUUUUGCCUUGUUGGCAAUUUAAUGAAUAAAUUAAAAAAUUCCAUGGCUAAUAAA